AUGCAAGUUCUCUUACUAGGUGGUCACGGCAAAGUGGCCCUGCAGUUGACCCCGCUGCUUUUGAACCGAGCAUGGCACGUUACUAGCGUUGUCCGCAACCCCGAGCAUGAGAAAGAGAUUCUAGCGCUGGGCAAAGGCCACAAGGGCAAAUUGGACGUGAUGCUCUCGAGCCUGGACCAGGUGAAGAGUGCAUCGGACGCACAAAAGAUCCUCGACAAGGUCAAGCCAGAUUACGUAGUGUGGAGUGCUGGUACUUUAAAACUUGCAUAUACUCGCACGUAUGCACCGAAUGCUAACAAUCCCCCAGGAGCCGGCGGCAAAGGCGGCCCCGCAGCUACGAUCGCAAUCGACCAAGAAGCGGCGAAGCACUUCCUCGGCGCAUCCUUCGCCUCCACUUCCGUGAGCAAGUUCCUAAUGGUAUCUUAUCUUGGCAGCCGGGCCAAGCAACCAGCUUGGAUUUCCGACGAGGAUUGGGCGGAUAUCAUGCGGGUCAAUACAGAGGUGCUGCCCACCUACGCGAAGGCCAAGCUAGAGGCCGAUGAGUACAUGACCGCGCUGGCGGCGAAGCGCAAGGCCGAUAAGUCGGCGCCUCCGUUCCAGGCUAUUAACCUGCGUCCUGGGUUCCUGACUGAUCAGCCGGCGACACGGAUGGUGGAUCUGGGCAGGACAAAGGGUAGAGGAAGUGUGACCCGUGAGGAUGUUGCUAUUGUUGCAGAUCAGCUGCUUGCUAGGGCUGAUGUCGAGGGGUGGAUUGAUCUUAUUAACGGGGACUUGCCUGUUGAGGAAGCCGUAGAGAAGGUUGCGAAGGAGAAGAAGGAUGCGGUUGAGGGGGAGGAUGUUGAUGGUAUGGUGAAAAAGUUUUUCUCUUAG